GUUUCUGUAGACCUUAUAAAUAAUCAAAAACAAUCUGAGACAAGUUCUUGAUUUUUUUUUCUCUUUUCAAGAACACCACAUUUCUUGCUUCUUCUUUGACAGAGAUUUUGCAAUCAGACGACGAGGCUACUUACGAUUCCGAUGAUCAUUAUGAUUAUGCUAAUAUCCAUGUCCUAGCUUUGAUACAUCAUUUGAUUGUGUUUAUUUUCUUUCCCGUAUUGUUUUUUUUAAUUCAAUUUCCUCUGUUUUGGUCAAAUUUUCUGUUUUUCGAUAUGGGCUGUGCGAGCUCGAAGCACCGUAAACGUUGCCUACACUGCCGGCAAGGAUAUUCUCCGGUAGACAUGUCACCUAGACCCUCCGUGCAACACCCACCGCAACAUUCCGACGACAUGUUGGCUCUCAGUUCCUCCACCCUCGGAUCUCUCAAGCUCUGCUACUCCUCUUUCGGACAUAGCCGCAUACACUUGGCAGAUUUCACCGGUAACCUUGCCACCGACCAAUCCGGAGAGAACCGACAAGAAGAUGGGUUUGGUCAGAAAGAAGACAGAGACAAGGAAAUGCAAGCUAAGCUUAUGGAAGCUAAAGUAUGGUCAAGUAUGAUGAACGACAAGAUCCCCAAGAUUGUCCCCAAAACUCCAAUCUUGACGCCUCCUGGAGAGCCAGAAACGAUCAACACGUGGGAGAUGAUGGACGGGCUUGAAGAUUCCAUUAGCCCUCUUCGGUCACCAAGUCACGUUAGGAGCUUCUCGUUUGAUGGUGGUUGUAAAUGUCCCAAGGAGAAUGCUAAUGUGAUACUCUACUUCACAAGCCUUAGAGGUAUAAGGAAGACAUAUGAAGAUAGCUGUGAUGUCAGGGUUAUACUAAAAGGCAUUGGGGUUAGGGUGGAUGAGCGUGAUGUAUCGAUGCAUUCGAGUUUUAGAGACGAGCUCAAGGAGUUAUUACUAGAGGGCAAAUUCAAUAAUGACGUCGGAAUCACCUUACCUAGAGUUUUCUUGGGGAGGAAGUAUCUUGGGGGAGCAGAGGAGAUUCGAAAGUUGAAUGAAGAUGGGAAGCUUGAGAAGAUUCUAGAAGGUUGCGAGAGGGUUGAAGAGAAUAAAAAUGGUAAUGGGAAAGAGUGUGAGGCUUGUGGAGAUAUAAGGUUUGUGCCAUGUGAGACAUGUUCGGGGAGCUGCAAAGUGUACAAUGAAGAUGAUGAAAGUGAAAAGGAAGAUAGAGAUUAUGGUUUUCAAACGUGUCCUGAUUGUAAUGAGAAUGGACUCGUUAGAUGUCCUCUUUGUUGUGAUUAGCUUUUUGAACACACACACAUACAGAAAGAGAACCUUGCUCUU